AUGGAAAUUAAAUCAGCAGAUAGUAAGCCUCAUUAUCAAAUUUCAUUUUACUCUAAUAAUGAGAAUUAUCGCCACAUUCCGAGCGAUGUUUUAUCCGUACCGACUGAUAUUACAGUAGAUAAAUUAAAUGUACUUGCGAAUAUGACUUUGAACAGUGUAUUCGAUAAGGAGCUCGAAUCAGUUGUUUUCGAUUUUCUUAUAUCAUCUACCAUUUUGCGGACUACAUUAGAAGAAUUUGUCCAGGAAAAUCAUGUCCCAAUCGAAUCAGUUAUCAAUAUAGAAUGUAUUAUUCAGGAGCCAGCACCAGAACCAGAUUCGGAUAUUACCUUGCCUGACUGGAUUGGUGCGAUUAGCAUUGCAUCUGCUACAUAUGGUGGUGAACUUGUGUUGUGGAAUCACUGUGGAAAAGAAUUAACAUCAUCAAUUUUACAUGAAGAAGCUAUAAAGUGUCUCGCAUUUUUGCCCGAUCAAAAAGGAAAUCGAAUUGUCACUGGUGGCCAUGAUCAGGUUCUGAUGAUAAGUGAUAUAGAAAUAGAUGGAUCAUCCACUUUCAUAAAACCGACAUGCAUACUCCGCGGUCACGAAAGGAGCAUAGAAUCCGUAGCCGUAAAUGCUGAUGGUACUCGGACGGUUUCAGGCGGCUUUGACAAAAUGUUGAAAGUAUGGAAUACCGAUAAAGAUGAUACGUCCACUGUUUUCGAAAAAACAAGCAAUGGGAAAACGAGCAAGAAGAAGAGGACUGAUGUUAUUACUAAGACUCCCAUGGUUACUUUAUCUGCUCACAAAGACUCUAUUGUCGGUAUAACCUGGUCAUCUAAUUCUGCAAAGGAAGUGUUAACAGCUUCAUGGGAUCACACGAUAUCUAUCUGGGAUUUGGAGUUAGCAGGUCAGACAAGUACUUUAACUGCAAAGAAGGCAUUCACAAGCAUUUCAUUGUGCCCUUCAAAUAGCAUGCUUAUAACCGGUUCAGUAGAUCCGAUUGUGAGGUUAUGGGAUCCACGAAGUCAUGAAGGAGCAUUAGUGAAACAGUCGUUUAUUGGUCAUUGCGGUUGGGUUUCAUCAGUUUUUUGGAACAAAAUGAGAGAAAAUCUCUUCAUUUCCGCAAGUUUUGAUAAGACAGUAAAAAUGUGGGAUGUGAGAAGUAACAAAACUCCUUUAUACGAUCUUGUUGGCCACACUGAUCGUAUAUUAUGUUGUGAUUGGUCGGUGAAUGAAUUAAUUAAUUUUAUGAGCAAAAAGGAUUUUCAUCCAAGUGCUUGGUGGAAUAUCAAGAAGGUGUGGGAAGCACGUCAGAAAGAUGAAAUGGAGAAGAAACGUCAGGAGGACUUGCGUAUUGCAUACGAACGAGAGCAAGAUAUACUCAACAAUAAGGCUCUUUUGGGAGACGAAAAGGCACGUAUGGGUCUUUCGUUUAUGUAUGAUGCACCUCCUGGAAUUAAUAAGAAAGAAGAGGACAAACCCGAACCAAAAUUCGAAUGGCAAAGAAAAUAUAACGCACCAAGAGAAGAUUGGGCCAAGAAUAAUGAUGCCAUAACCGAUCAACCUUUCGGUAUACAAGUGCGUAAUGUUCGCUGCGUGAAAUGUCACACAUGGGGACAUUUGAACACAGAUCGUGAAUGCCCACUAUACAACAUGAGUGGGAACUUCGAAGAUCCUGGAUAUGCAAACAAUCCAUCCGAUUUAUUCAAACAACUACAAAAAGACCGUAUAGAGAGAAAAGUGUCCGAAAAAACGAGACCGAAAGAACCAUUUAAAAAUCGAUCAUCAAGGCAUGCUAUUACUGCUAUAGAUGAUGACGAGAAUGAGGAACAGUGGGAAGAGUUGACUUACGAUCAACUAGCAGAGAAUAUGAAAGAAGAGCAUGGGUUGACCUUAAAAAACAAUAUAUUCCAAAAUAUGCGCGCAGAGGAAAGCAUUAUGAAUAUGGGUUCAAGUUCAGAGCAGGAAAAAAUGGCAGCAUUUUUCAAUACUCUCAGUGAAAAAGAAAAGCGUAAAAUAGCAAAACAACUACUGUCAGGAACAAGUGACAAGCAUAAAAAAAAGAAAGAAAGGAAACGGAUGAAGUUAAAAUCUGAGAAAAAUGGGAAAAAGAAACAUCAAAAGCAAAAAAUAGAUUUUGGUGAACCGUCAGUAUCAAAGACUGUCCAUGGUGAAAAGCGGAGAAGAGUUGAAAAAGACGGAAAACACAAAUCUCAAAUCUGUUUGGAUGAAAAAACAGAUUGGUUUGACGCAGGAGAAUUUCGAAGCACAAAACGACAGAAAUUUUCAUCUUCAGAGUCAGAGGACAGAGUGAAGAAGACAAGACAUCAAAGUCGUUCACCUUCACAUCAUCAAAGUCGUUCACCUUCACAUCAUAAGCGCCACCGCAGUAAAGAUCGUCAGCCUAAUGUCUUAGCUGGACUGAAUCAAACAGCAAUCCAGUGUCUUUUCUAUUCAAUCUUUCCGUUCCGUAGACAUGAAAUAAGUAGGCCUACUGGUUGUGGCGGUCGUGGUGCUGUUGCUGCCGCAGGUGGUCUUGGUCUUAUAAUUGCCGGUGCAGUAUUACAGUUGAAGUAUACCGGUUUACUGGAUAUAUUGGGUGAUGAAAGAUUAGCAACACCAAUACUAUUGCUUGCUGCCGGUGCACUAUGCUCCCUAUUAGGUUUUCUGGGAUGUUGCGGAGCAAUCAGGGAGAAUUAUUGCUUAACGGUAAGCUUCGCUGUCCUGCUAACUUUGGUACUAACAACUGAAACAGCUAUUGCUAUCGCCGCUUACGCAUUACAGGAACCUCUUCAAGCUUCUUUAUCGCGGCAACUAACAUUAGGCCUGCAAAGAUACAAUCGUUCAGCAGGUGUUCGAAUGGCAUGGGAUCAAACUCAAAAACAGUUUGCAUGUUGUGGAGUGCAUAAUUAUACAGACUGGAAUACUCCGCCAGAUUCAUGCUGUAUUCAGGUUUCACCUGGUUGUCGAUUAAUUCAGCAAAAUUUACAUCCUUCAGGCUGUAUGGAACGCUUGGAGCAUUGGCUCACUCUGAAUGCAUCGAUGGUUGGCGGAGUAAGCGCAAUCGUCG